AUGAGCCUCGUUCUGGUCGACCGACUGCAAUAUCGUUCGACCAGAGCGAGAGCGGAACUGAAGAAUCUGGCGGAGCAGCAUCCAUAUGAAGGUGAAAUCCAUGAGAAGGUCAUGUUGAGUGUCUGGUGGGGAGUUCAUGGAAUCUACCGUUCCGAACUGCUGCCGGACAACACGACAGCUACUGCCGAGGUCUACUGCGCUCAACUGCAAAGACUGUCCGACAAGAUCCGCAAGGAGCACUCGAAGCUCGAUAAGCAUCACCUGGAAGAGAAGCGCUACGAUGAUCGUGACCACCUCGAAAAUGACCUUCGGACUUUGUUCGCCUCCAAGUCGCCGGAGUUCUACGCCAAAGGAAUCUGUGACCUUGUGAUACGUUGGCAGAAGGUUAUUGAUGUUGAUGGAGAUUAUUUUGUCGAAUAA